ACCAUUACGUGCUUCUUCUUCUUUCAACAAUCACUGGCUUGACUUGAGUGUCUUGCAAUGGCUACCAAACCUCUCCCUUUCCUCUUUGCCACCCUCCUUUUACUCACUUCUUGUAUUGGGUCCAAUGAGGAGGAAUUGAAGAUACCUGUUCCUUAUUUGCCAAAGGUCCCAGUAGCAGCACCACCUCCAGCAAAUAUUCCAAUAAAGGAUCCUCAUCCAGCACCUCCGGUCAAGCCACCAACUCCUGUACCCCCAGUCAGUAAGCCACCAACUCUUGCGCCACCAGUCACUAAACCACCAGUACCUCCGGUCAAUCUACCAACUCCUGCUCCCCCAGUCAGUAAGCCACCAACCCCUUCACCUCCAGUCAGUAAACCACCAACCCCUUCACCUCCAGUCACUAAACCACCAGCACCUCCAAUCAAGGCACCCAGCCCAGCACCACCGGUCCAGGUCCCAACUCCAGCACCACCAGUCAAGCCACCAACUCCUGUACCACCAGUAAACCCACCCACUCUUCCUCCCAGACCUCCUCCGGUCAGGACAAGAUUGGAUUGCUUCCCAUUAUGUGGACAGAGAUGCAAACUACAUUCGAGGAAGAAUCUGUGUGUUAGAGCUUGUGUUACGUGUUGCAGCAGAUGCAAAUGUGUUCCACCAGGAACUUAUGGAAACAGAGAGGUCUGUGGCAAGUGCUACACCGAUAUGACUACUCAUGGCAACAGAAUCAAGUGUCCUUGAAGCUCAUGAUAUAAUACAUAUAUAUAUAUAUAUUUAUAUAGGAGUCAAAAGCAGUCUGUAAUACUUCUUUUUACUAGAGGGAAAAGAACAUAAAUAUUUUUCCAGACACCUCUCUGCCACUGCUACAAGCUUAAUAUAUAUUGGUAUUAAUAGUGUUAAGGGGCCAUGGCUUGAA